UACAGCCACCCAGCAGCAGGCUGCACGAGCUCCGGGCUGGUAGCGUGGAGCUGAAACCGGAGCCGCACCGAGAGGAGGUCGCUGUAGCAGCUUGUUGAGAAAAAAGUUACCGAAAGUCGCAGGAGAACCGACUCGACCGGCGCCGUUCGCAUGGUGACAAACUCCGGACUCCGAGGUAGCUGUUUGUUGGCAUGAGAAAGUCGCUUCAAGUGGAAAAAAAGCUAAAUUUAAAGCCGCUCGGGGCUCGCGGACUUCUGCAUGGUCGCUAGCUAGCUAACAGUUAGCCUGCAGGAGCUACUCGGCUAGCUGGCUUAGCUGGCGAGGUCCAGCCCAAAAAAAAAAAAAAAAAAAAAAAAAAGUUGUUUACCCCGAGUUGUGGAUGUGGUCACCCCCCGAGCUUUUCACGACUUUUCUCUGGGAUAAGAGAGCAAGGACCAAAAAAUCACCCUGGAUUUAACACCGCGCGGCUGUUAGGAAACUAGCAGGAUGUCCGCAGAGGUUGAGUGCAGUCAGGUCGACUCGGGUUUGACAGCGGCCAGCAGCUCGGGCGACCAAAACAAGUCCGAGGGGCGAGAGAAGGAAGAACCGGGCCAGAGGGGCUCCGAGAAGCAACCGGCGGACAGCCAGGGCUCCGAGGCGGCCAGGAGCCCCGCGGACACGCACAAGAAAUGCAAAGAAAACGAUAAAGAGAACGACCAAAGCGCUGACUCGGCUGUCGAGGCGGUGAAGAGGAAAGUUGUGGAAGCUCCUCCGCCGAAAGUGAACCCGUGGACGAAGAGGACGACGGGCAGAGUCCCGGUGAACAACAUCUCCCAGGAGAAAGAUCAGCAAAAUGCCCUGAAAGUCGUCCGAGCGAGCAAACCCAGAACGAGAAAAUCCAGCAAGUCGAGUGACUUCAGCGACAUCACAAACUGGCCCACGCCCGGAGAGCUGGCCAAAGAGGUACGGGAAGCGGUGGGACGCCAGCAACAAAACGUCCUCAACAACAACGGUAAGAAGCCUCCGUCUUCCCGCCGCGAGAAGGACAAGAGAAGAGAGCGACCGGACAGGAAGUCCGAGAGCAGCCACGAUGGAGGCGAGAGCAAAGAGAACCAGGAGGCCCAGCUGGACCCGCUGGGAGACCUGCCCAAAGACGGGGACUCCAAGGCGGCUCAGGACUCCAAGAGCGCCGGCCUGAAGAAGAGAGGAGGUGAGGGUAACAAACGUAAGUGGGUUUCUCUGCCGCUGGAGGAGGCGUCCCGGGACGACGGCGACAAGACGCCCGGCGGGGACACCGGCAGCGACUCGCCCGACCCCACGUCGCCCAAUCAAACGCUCCAUAGUAGCAGAGCGCAUGAUAGCAGCAGGAGUUGGAGAAGAGAACCGCGGGAUUACGGCGACGACACUUCCAGCGUCCGGAGCGACGGCGGCAGCGUUCGUGGAGGAAUACGAGGUCGAGGAAAAGGUCGCGGACGCGGGAGAGGACGUGGACGAGGCCGGUACGAAUACUCUGUGGGCUUCCGGGACUCUCAGUCGUCCGACGGUUCGGUUCAGGUCCCCACAGAGUUCGGCACCAACAUGGUUUAUUACUACGACGACGGCAGCAAGGUCCAGAUGUACACGGUGGACGAGAAGCUCCUCAAGGAGUACAUCAAACGGCAAAUUGAGUACUACUUCAGCCUCCACAACCUGGAGCGAGACUUCUUCCUGAGGAGAAAAAUGGACGCACAGGGCUUCCUCCCCAUCUCCCUCAUCGCUAGCUUCCACAGAGUCCAGGCCCUCACCACCGAUAUCAACCUCAUCAUGGAGGCUCUGAAGAGCAGCACGGAAGUGGAGCUGGUGGACGACAGGGUUCGCUGUAAAACGGAGCCCGAGCGUUGGCCCAUCGCCGUCCCGACCGUCGUGGGUUCCCCUCGCACCGACUUCUCGCAGCUCAUCAACUGUCCUGAGUUUGUCCCUCGGCAGACGCUCAGCUCCACAAACUCCGCCUCAUCACCUGUGAAGGAGACUCCUCUGGAGUCGGCGACGCCUCAGGACUCGGCCGAACCCGCCUCCUCCAGCCGGGACUCGGGACUUCCGGCCGCAGACGACUCCAAAGACGCCCCGAAACCCGACCCAGACGCCUGGAUCCAGGUGGAGAAGCGCCACCGACAUCCCUCCGGAAAGGCGAAGCUUGUCAGUGAUGAUGUCUGUGCUGCCGGUUCUCCUCCUCCUCCUCCUCCUCCUCCCUCCUCAUCAUCGCCCCAACCCGACCACCUUCCCUCUGCAGGCGACAACAAACCGCCCCCCUCCAGCCGCCAGGCCCCUCCGCCGGCCGCCGAGCCUGACCAGGAGGAGCUGGACUUCAUGUUCGACGAGGAGAUGGAGCAGAUGGCGCCGAGGAAGAACAAGUUCACUGACUGGUCGGACGAGGACGACUCGGACUACGAGCUGGACGACCAGGACGUCAACAAGAUCCUCAUCGUCACCCAGACCCCGCCGUACCUCCGCAAGCACCCCAGCGGUGACCGGACGGGCAACCACGAGUCCCGGGCCAAGAUCACGGCCGACCUGUUCAAAGCCAUCAACGACGGGCUGUACUACUACGAGCAGGACCUGUGGAAGGGGGAGGAGCAGGUCGAGUGCAGCAAGCAGGAAGUGGAGAACUUCAAGAAGCUCAACGUCAUCAGUAAAGACGAGUUUGACACCCUCGCCCCCAAAGUGCCCGUCGACCUGAACCCGGAAGUCCCGCCUCCUCCGAUGCCAGUGGACAGUGGGGCUGAUCUGGCCCGUUCUCUGCCCACGUCGGUCCCUGAGUCGCCCAGCGCCCACCAGCCCAGAACCCCGAGGACGCCUCGCACCCCCGGACGCCAGGACCCCAACAAGACGCCCCGUUUCUACCCCGUCACCAAGGAGAGCGGCACCAUCGAUGGACAGACGCCGAGGAAGAAGAAGACCCGCCACAGUUCCAACCCUCCCCACGAGGCCCACAUCGGCUGGGUGAUGGACUCCCGCGAGCACCGGCCGCGCUCUGCGUCCAUCAGCAGCUCCAACGCUUCCCCGUCAGAAGGAGCUCCGUUGUCGGGGAGCUACGGCUGCACCCCCCAGUCGCUGCCCAAGUUCUGGCAUCCAUCCCACGAGCUGCUGAGGGACAACGGCUUCACCCAGCAGGGAUACCACAAGUACCGCCGACGGUGCCUUAACGAGAGGAAACGGUUGGGGAUCGGACAGUCUCAGGAGAUGAACACGCUGUUCAGGUUCUGGUCCUUCUUCAUCAGGGACAACUUCAACAGGAAGAUGUACGAGGAGUUCAAACAGUACGCGCUGGAAGAUGCCAAAGAAAAUUACAGGUACGGUCUGGAGUGUCUCUUCAGAUACUACAGCUACGGUUUGGAGAAGAGGUUCAGGUUAGAUCUAUUCAAGGACUUCCAGGAGGAGACCCUCAGAGACUUUGAGAAAGGUCAGCUGUAUGGACUGGAGAAGUUCUGGGCCUUCUUGAAAUACUCAAAGAUUAAGAACCAGCCCAUCGACCCGAAGCUGCAGGAACACCUCUCCCAGUUCAAGAACCUGGAGGAUUUCAGGGUGGUGCCCCCGAUGGGAGAGGAGGGAGGCAGGAGGAGACGCCACUCGUCCUCGGCCGGGGACGAAGGCAGGCGUCGGCGACAUCCUUCCAACACUACCUCAAAACCCACGCAGGCCUCCAAAUCCUCCAACAUGGCCGCUCAGCCUGCUGCCUCCGCCGCCGCUGCUGCCUCCACCUCCACCGCUACGACGCCCAAAGACAACGCCCAGAAAGCAGCAGCAGCUCCUGCUCAGGGGAAGAAAACCGACGGCAGAACUGCGAAGAAGGAAAGCGUGGCACCAAAUAAAUGAAGCUCCCUCCUGCUGGUUGUGGGUUUGGAUGGAAGAGAUGCAGAGCGAAGCGGCGGCGGCGGCGGCUCUCAGCUCGGCGUUCGCUCUCUUCAGCAGCGAGCUGUUUGGGUAUGAAGAGGGGCCGAGCGUGGUCGACUUAAUAUGAUUGUUUUUAUCAGUGCAUUUCAUUUUAGAAGCAAAGCGUAGGCAGCGAGCUUGAAUCUGUUCGCCCGACGAAACGUUUACAAAGCAAACACACAAAAAAAAAAAACACAGAAAAAAUGCAUUCCCUGCAUUUUGCCUUGUCACUCUCUCAGAUGCCAAACUCUUCACCGUUGAUCGCUACAAUCUGUAAAAGAAAGCAAAACAAAACGCUCUGGUCCGUGAAGAGCUGCUCAACUGUGAUUCUAGUUUGCCAAGAUAAGAGUCUUGUGUGCCUUAAUCUGAUCCACCAGGACGUCAGGAAAGUGCGAAAAUUGUCCAAACUCUGCUCUUUUUUUUUUUUUUUUCUUCUUUUUUUAAAGUCUUCCUAACUGAUCAUUCAGCGCUUGAAUGUGUUUAAAACUGACACCACGUGCAGGUUUUUCUGUCCUCAGCUUCCGUUUUUCACCGUGACAAUCAAGCAGUCGUAGGUUUUGUGAAGGAGUGACCCCGAGGCUGCUGCUCGGCAACACAUGUCCUUCAGUCUGAACGACAGAAUGUUGGUUUUUAAUUAAAGCCUGCAGAAAUAACGACAAAUUGAUCUGGGAAGCUUUACUUUUAAGUCCCGUUUUACACCCAGAGUUAGUAUAAUUUAUUGUUUUUGUUUUUAUUUUUCCAUUUACUUGAUUGAUGGAAUAGUCUUAGGUAAUCAUUGCAGUUUUUAAUGGCUUUUGCUAUUGAAUAUAUUAAAAAUAAAAUAAAUUAAAAAAAAAAAAAGUUUCUGCUGGAAUUAUGGGUGUGAGCUAGCGUCAUGAAACUACAGUAUAUUUUAGCUUGAAGUUUUAUUAUGUUUGAGGCUUGGUGCUCUAGAGCACUUUAAUCGUUAACUUUCCUUCAUCAGUGGACUUAAAGAGAGGUUUUAGAGGUUGAAUUUUAAAAGAAAAAAAAUGUAAAUACUAUAAAAAAUCAUUUGCUAUUCAAUUAUUCUUUUUGAUUUUAAGAAGUGAUUUAUCGGUAGCGUGGUUUUGAGUGUGUUCUAGGAUAAAAGCGAUGCAUGUCAAUGAAUUGUAAAAUGCAAAAAAAUAUAAAAUAACAGUUGAUUGUAAA